GAACCGGGGCUCGAAGGGCCAGUUCCGCGGAAAGGCCCUCUUCAUAUGCAGCCUUGGGGCGGGCACCGCUUCCUGCCCCGCCGCCACCCUCCGCGCUUCGGGGAAGCCCGGCUGGGCGCCCUGCGUUGGGUCUGGUAGCGGGCGGGGAAGCGCCGCGCCCUCCCCCGCUUCCUUCCGGGCCUCCUGGCGAAGCGCCGCUCUGGGGCGGGCCGCGUUCCUGGCCGGCUGCUGGGAGGGAGGAGCCGUGCCGUGCGGUGCUCUGGACGGCCUUGCCCGACCCGCGGGCGCGCCUGGCUUCCCGGCCCGGCCGCCGUCCUAGCUGCGCGCUUCUCUCGGCAGGCCGGGCGUGAGCGAGGAAGAGCGCCGCCAAAGCAGCCAUGGAUCUGGACCGCCUGCCGCCGAGCGCCCUGCGCUUCCCCGGCUGGAGCGAGCCCUCGCUGCCCUUCGCCCGCGCCGUCGGCAGCGGGCGGGAAGAGUCGCUGGAAAGCGGCUACCUGAGUCUGUGCGGCCGCAGCCUCGAGGGCGGCGGGGAGCCCGGUGGGUCCGAGCCCGGCCUGUGGCGCCCCCCCGAGCAGGGCCGAGUGGAGAGGCGGAGGAAGGUGGAGUUCUUCCGCAAGCUGGGCUACUCCUCGCAGGAGGUGCUGGGCGCCCUGCAGAAGCACGGCCCGGAGGCGGACACCAACACCAUCCUCGGAGAGCUGGUGAAGCACGGGGCGGCCCCGGGCGAGAGGGAGCGGGAGCCCGCCCAGGCGAUCCCGGAGGCCCCCGAGGCGCCGCCGCCGCCGCCGCCGCCUCCGAGGGCGCGGCCCGCCCCCAGCAGACCCCCAGCCCAGCCUGGGCCUCCCGGCGAGCAGGAAGGGGAUCACCUGCGGCCGAUCGUGAUCGAUGGGAGCAACGUGGCCAUGAGUCAUGGAGACAAAGACACCUUCUCCUGCCGAGGCAUCCAGCUGGCUGUGACCUGGUUUCUGGACAGAGGACACAAGGAUAUCACGGUCUUUGUCCCAUCUUGGAGAAAAGAGCAUCCACGCUCUGAUGUCGCCAUUACAGACCAGCACAUCCUCCAUGACCUCGAGAAGAAGAACAUCCUUGUCUUCACUCCUUCCCGGCGAGUGGCAGGCAAGCGAGUGGUCUGCUACGAUGACCGCUUCAUUGUGAAGCUGGCCUGGGAGUCAGACGGCAUUGUGGUUUCCAAUGAUGUCUACCGAGAUCUGCAAGCAGAACGGCCCGAGUGGAAGAAGUUCAUUGAAGAACGCUUGCUGAUGUAUUCCUUUGUCAAUGACAAGUUCAUGCCUCCCGAUGACCCCUUGGGGCGCCAUGGACCCAGCCUGGAUAAUUUCCUGAGGAAGACACCAGCAGUGCCCGAACACAAGAAGCAGCAGUGCCCAUAUGGUGAGGCCGCUCUCCUCUGCUCGGGACAGAACAGCUGGAAGGGUUCGGGGCAGUGGAUGCCUGUCACAUGGCUCGCCUUUCUCUUUGCAGGCAAGAAGUGCACCUAUGGAAUCAAGUGUAAGUUCUACCACCCUGAGCGGCCACACCAAAUGCAGCGCUCUGUUGCUGAUGAGCUACGGGCCAACGCUGGGCUCUCCCCCACCAGGACUGCGCCAGCCACCAAAGAGGAGAGGAGGAGCUGGAGGACCCCCCAUGGGGAAUUCUGGGGCUCUGCACCUGCAGAGAGUGAGAAAGUUCCCCUGCAGAAGGCCUUGUCUGAGAAGAUGAGCUCUGCCCCUCACAUUAGACAUGGCGAUGUGCCACCCUUCUUCCUCAGUGCCCACGGCAUCCCAGCCCGGAAGAGCCACAGUUACAGGAGUUCAGAUCAGUACCAGCUGCCUCCCAGGGACUCCCUUGCCCAUGUCUCUCAAGACCACCUUGACUCGGGCCUUGGCUCCCUUGAGAGCCAGCUCUCUGAAAUGUGGCCCAGCCCCUCAGCUAGUCCUGUCAAGUGGGCCCAACAAGAGCUGCUUGUGGGGAGCAGCUGCAGGGGUCGGGUGCCUGCCUAUCGGGUCCCUCCUGGCCCGGAAUCCAGGAGGUACAGCCAGUACCUGCCUCAGAGCUUCCUGCCAUCCCCAUCUGAACAUGUCACACCUCACUCCUUUCCUGGGUACGAUGUGGCCACCAGUGCUUCUCUGGGCCCUGGGCACGAGUACUGGUCCGAGCCGUACCAUCCAGGGCCUGCAGUGUGCCAAGACCUGCCAAGGGCUCCCUGCCUGGCCUACAAGGACUCCUCGCGCCAUUGGGCCACUCCGGACAGUUUUGCAGAAGAGCGUGCAAAAGUGCAUGUCAAGCUUUGUGGGAUCUUCCAUCCUCACCUGGUGGACACUGUCAUGAGCCGCUUCCCACACCUCUUGGACCCACAGCAGCUGGCUGCCGAAAUCCUCACAUACAAGACCCAACACCCUGGGAUGUGACACGGCUGGAGGAGGGAAACCCAACUCUGGGGUGGGGCAAAAUGUCCCUUUCUGCCUGCAGUUUAGCCCAUCAUCCAGCGGCCACUCGUGGAGGGCAGGCACCAGGCUUGGUGGUGGCUCAGAUGGGAUGAAAAGGUCUGCCUCAAGCAAUCCAAGAAAGUGGCCCAGGAACUACAAUGCUGAGCCAUUUUCUCAUGCUGCAUGAAGCCUGGCUGUCUGGUUUGUGCCAGGCAGAAUGCAGGCAGCACGGCCUUGCUGGCAGGGAGUGUGUCUUUUGCUCCUGACAAUGGCUGCUCAGAAGAGGUUGACAUGGAAAGGAACCUGGAGGAAGUCCCAAGCUCUCCGGCUGUGGCACAGCCAGAAUUGGAGCAAACCAGAGAAGAUGUUAUGAUUUACAACUAUAGCCGUUCCCCAAAUGGCUGCAGGGGGACGUAGCGGUUCACCAAAAAAAUCAGAGGGAGGAAAAAGUUCCAGGGCGUGGCCAACUUUUUUUUUUUUUUUUUACUUUUAAAAGAAUUUUUUCUACAACCUCAAGAGGUUGCAGAAAAAAUGCUUUUAAAAGCCUCUGAUGAUCAGGCAACUCAGCUGGGAUCGUCAGAGGCUUUUAAAAGCAUUUUUUUCCUACAAAAUAUGCUUUUAGAAAAAAUGCUUUUUAAAGUUAAAAAAAAAGCCUCUGAUGAUCGCGUGGACAUGGGGGGGGGGGCAGGAAUUUUUGCUACCAGUUCUCUGAACCACCCGCCACCAUUGCUACCGGAUCAGGCGAUCCAGUCUGACCCAUUUCACCCCUGGCUUCCUCCCCCUCUCUGCUGGUGUGGUUGUCCCAGUGGUCUCCUUUCCCUUGGUUUGGAACCUUCUGGGAUUGUGAAGCAUAACAUUUGUUUCAAGCCAAAAAUCAGCUGUCCUUUCAGUUCCCCAAAGUUCUGUGUGACUCUUCUAGAGUAAGAUUUGAAAAUAUCUUAAGGCCUUCAUGUUAUUUCCUCUCUCCUGGGAAAAGCCAUGAGGCGCUCUGCAUCCCUUCUCCUCCUCCAGUGCUGCUGGUGACAGGCAAGUCCUGCAUGCAGGGCACCUACAACCCUUCUCUUGCCCUGAGAUGGAGCAGUGGUACCGAAAAUGCUCCAUGGGGCAUCUUAACAAUGUUAGCCUUAUAAUCAAGUUUAUAUCUUAAGCUCAGAUGUCACAAAUCCCAAGACUAAAUACAAAAUGCCUUAAUGUGAAACCAGGAGGGUCUCCAGAAAAGGGACUUGCUUGAAUCGACUGUUGGGGAGCCUCUUUAGUGCCAACUGUUUUGGGCAAUUUGCUUGUCUGCUGACAGAAGAGAACUCCACCACUUUCUCAGUGGCUGUAGAAAGGCCCACUGGAAAUUUGAGGGAGGGGACCGUGUUUAGCUUAUCCUUUUCUAUCAGCUCAGUCUUGAGGAUUGGUAAGUCCAAUACGGGCAGUUACAGAUCCUUCGGUAAUGAAUUUGCAACAAUUGUUCCUGGUCCUGCCCUUUUCGGAAUAAGUGAUUCACUUGCAGGCCGGGAUCAGUUGAUCGGUUGAUGCACAUUGCAUCGGUCUCUUGAGUGGUUCUUUGGAGUGGUUGACGCUGAAGUCGUCCCAGGAGCUGCUGCCUGGGGGAGAAGCAGGGCAGAAGUCCCUGUGGACAGCUGGCAAUGCCACCAGGCCCUGCUGCUCUCCCUGCCAAGUGCCCUGAAGAUCAGUCAGCCAUGCCAGCACCAUGUGCUGAGGAGGCCACGUGUCUAAAGAAACCCUGUUGUGUAUCAUUAAUUAUGAUCCAUCACAGAAAUGUGGUGUUUCGUGUUAGUAAGCAAAAUGCUUUUUAAUAAUCAUUUAUAAUCUUACAACUUUGCACUUGUAAAUUACAAGAGUCGUAGUUUUUAACGAAAUGCUUUCUGAGCUGAGGCUGCUUUGGUGAUGGUUGGUCUCCCUUUAUUCUGCCCUAGGCAGAGUUGCAAUCAAGUAAAAAAUAAACCAACCUUGAACCUUGGAA